AUGGACGCAGAGAGCCUCCUGCUGUCGCUGGAGCUGGCGUCCGGCAGUGGGCAGGGCCUCAGCCCGGACCGUCGGGCCUCUCUACUUACCUCUCUUCUGCUGGUGAAACGCGACUACCGCUAUGAUCGGGUCCUCUUCUGGGGCCGCAUCCUCGGCCUUGUCGCCGAUUAUUACAUCGCGCAGGGCCUGAGUGAGGACCAGCUCGCACCACGCAAGACCCUCUACAGCCUGAACUGCAUGGAGUGGAGCCUCUUGCCCCCUGCCACGGAGGAGAUGAUGGCACAGACAUCUGUGGUGAAGGGCCGCUUCAUGGGGGACCCCUCACAUGAGUAUGAACACACUGAGCUGCAGAAGAUAAACGAGGGCGGAAAGGUCUUUGAAGAGGAAGUGGUGGUCCAGAUCAAGGAAGAGACCCGCUUGGUGUCUAUCAUCGACCAGAUUGACAAGGCUGUGGCUAUCAUCCCCCGAGGAGCCCUUUUUAAGACCCCUUUUGGACCUAUCCAUGUCAAUCGGACUUUUGAAGGACUCUCCUUGUCUGAAGCCAAGAAGCUCAGUUCCUACUUCCACUUCAGGGAGCCUGUUCAGCUGAAGAACAAGACCUUGCUUGAGAAGGCUGACCUGGAUCCCUCCCUGGACUUCAUGGACUCCUUAGAGCAUGACAUCCCCAAAGGGUCCUGGAGCAUCCAGAUGGAGAGGGGCAACGCACUGGUGGUGCUGCGCAGCCUGCUCUGGCCAGGCCUCACCUUCUUCCAUGCUCCCCGCACCAAGAACUGUGGCUACAUCUAUGUCGGUACCGGUGAGAAGAACAUAGACCUCCCCUUCAUGCUCUAGGGGGGGCAGGGGUGUCAGCCUGGAGGGUUUAUGUAGAGUCU